GCACCCAAUUGUAUAAAGCUUGGUUAAAUUAACCCUGGGUUAGACUCUAACCUUUGGUUAUCUUUAACCAAAUCUGGUUAGCUAACCAGUUUGGUUAACCAAUUGUAUAAACCAAGAUAACCAAAUGGUUAGUUAACCAAAUUGGUUAAAAUUAACCACUGGUUAAUUUUAACCAAUCCGUCCCGUCAUGCGGUAUUUUGGUGGUUCCGGUGACGUUAUUUUCGCGGAAUUUGUCAAAGCAGAAGACAAAACAAUUGCAUAAUGGAACCUCCAGCCUCCAAGAAACCUAGAGUCAGGGCCAAAAACUUUUCUAUGUCGGAGGUGGAGGUGUUAAAGACCGCAGUUACAGAUAACUUCAGUACAAUUUCAGCAAAACACUGCAAUGGAACAGGUGGAAUCACAAAGAAAAUUCAAGACAAAGCCUGGGCGACCAUCUGUGAAAAGGUAAACAGUGUCGGAAAUGCGAAGCGGACCGUUGCUGAAGUGAAGGAAAAGUGGCGUAACCUCACUAAAAAGGCAAAAACUGAGACCACCAUGCAGAAAGUGUCCAUGCAGAAAACCGGGGGUGGACCACCAGCACCAUUGCCUGAUCCACUCCUGGAUGAUAUUGCUGGAUUGUUCUGUUCUUCAGCCUCCUUUCACGGGAUACCAGGAGCUACUGACUGUGAAACUGUCACGAUAAGUUUACUGGUUGGCGACUCAGAAUUUCGAACGACCCAGGAAAUCGGACAGUCGCGUAAACGCUUAUUUUUGUGUUAUAUUUGA